GCGGGCGAGAAGGGAGGAGCGGCGCGAGCGGCCGGAGCAGCGCAGGGCCCGAGGCGUGCAUGGCGCGCCCUGAGCCCGGCUCCCGCGGGUCCCCCCGUAGCGCCCCGGGGGCGCAGCGACUCUUGGGUCGGCCCCUCUCGGCCGGCUGCCUCUGAGCGCCGGCCCUCGAUCUCUGGAUGCCGUGCUCCCUGGGAGAAGCCCGCCUGCGUUGGGGCGGAACGGCGGCGGUGCUGCGCCGGAUUCCGCCCUCAGCUUAGUCCUUCUGCGCCCGGCCGCGGCGGGCCCGCAGCCGGCGGCGAGGAGCCUGGAGCUUGCGGAGCCGGCGCGACAGCCCUCCUGGGCCAGCGGGUCCGGGCCAGCUCCGCUCCGUUUUGGGGGAAGGGGGAGGCGAGAGGGGAAGGGCCGCGCUGCAGGAGCCGGUCCUCGCCCCCGCCCCCCUGCGCGGACACGCUGAAGGCUGGGCUCGGCUUUCGCGGGGGCCAAGCUCCCACUCUCGCCGCGGGAGGUGGGGGAUGCGGGCGACGGCCCCCUUGGGCUCCAGGACCCUCCCCCCAGGGCUCCGGAGCUGUUGCUCCGCCCGCCGCCCCCUCCCCCGUCCUCUCCACCCCCCCCAUCCCACCACCCCACCCCUCGUAAGAAAAUAAUGCUGGCUGGCGCCCGCACCUCCCAGUCGCUCCCAGUCCGCCGCGAGGAAAGGGCGCCCGCUUGGUUUCCACGCCGGGACCCCUACCGAGCCGCCCUAGCUGCCGCCUCGCCGCGUGUGCCGCUGGGCUCCGCUUAGGCAGAAUCUGCGAGCGCCGCGCCCGGGCAUUGCCAGCUCCGGGGAGGCGCCGCCCGCAAGGACACCUCUCCGUCCCGCCUCGUCCGCAACUCCGGUCCUUGUCGAGCUCGACGCGAGCCAGGAGUCCGGACGUCCCUCUGCGCGCGGCUCAGCAGCUCGAGUAGUCCCCGCUGCCCCAGCUCGGAGCCAACUCCAUCUCGGACCUGGGACUCCUGACGCGGAUUCUCAGCCACUUCUCACCUCGGGGCUGUGCCUGCCUCCUACUUGCUCUCCCGUUGCCCUCCUUCUCCGCUCAGGACGGGGGUGCCAAGAUGCCCCGCUACUGCCCAGGGCCCCGGGCCGCCCCCGACGUGUGACCCCUGCCUGGUCCCCCUGCUCGGCCGUCCGCCCUCCCCUUGGAGAACCCCGGCCCGGCCCCCGGGGGAGGAGGAAGAAGACGACGAGGCCGAGGGGGGGAUGUCCAGCUCCAAAAGCGUGAGCCCCCCGGGCUACGCGGCGCAGACAGCGGCGGCGCCGGCGUCCCGGGGAGGCCCGGAACACCGCUCGGCGUGGGGCGAGGCCGACUCCCGCGCCAAUGGCUACCCCCACGCCCCUGGGGGUUCGGCCCGCGGCUCCACCAAGAAACCCGGGGGGACGGUGACCCCGCAGCAGCAGCAGCAGCAGCGCCUGGCCAGCCGCUGGCGCAGCGACGACGACGACGAUCCUCCGCUGAGUGGCGAUGACCCCCUGGCUGGGGGCUUCGGCUUCAGCUUCCGUUCCAAGUCGGCCUGGCAGGAGCGCGGCGGCGACGACUGCGGUCGCGGCAGCCGGCGGCAGCGGCGGGGCGCGGCCGGCGGGGGCAGCACCCGGGCGCCCCCUGCGGGCGGCGGCGGCGGCUCGGCGGCGGCGGCGGCCGCAGCUGGCGGGACGGAGGUGCGCCCCCGUUCUGUGGAGCUGGGUCUGGAGGAGCGGCGGGGCAAGGGCCGCGCGGCCGACGAGCUGGAGGCCGGCGCCGUCGAGGAAGACGAGGGUUCCGGAGAUGGCGGCAGCUUGGCAGGCUCGGGCGCGGGGCCUGGCGCGGUGCUGUCGCUGGGCGCCUGCUGCUUGGCACUGCUGCAGAUAUUCCGCUCGAAGAAGUUCCCGUCGGACAAGCUGGAGCGGCUGUACCAGCGCUACUUCUUCCGUCUGAACCAGAGCAGCCUCACGAUGCUCAUGGCUGUGCUGGUGCUCGUGUGCCUCGUCAUGUUGGCCUUCCACGCGGCACGGCCCCCGCUGCAGCUGCCCUACCUGGCCGUGCUGGCGGCUGCCGUGGGUGUGAUCCUCGUUAUGGCCGUGCUCUGCAACCGCGCCGCCUUCCACCAGGACCACAUGGGCCUGGCCUGCUACGCGCUCAUCGCCGUGGUGCUGGCUGUCCAGGUGGUGGGCCUGCUGCUGCCCCAGCCGCGCAGCGCCUCCGAGGGCAUCUGGUGGACUGUGUUCUUCAUCUAUACCAUCUACACGCUGCUGCCCGUUCGCAUGCGGGCCGCGGUACUCAGCGGGGUGCUCCUGUCUGCCCUCCACCUGGCCAUCGCCCUGCGCACCAACGCCCAGGACCAGUUCCUGCUCAAGCAGCUCGUCUCCAAUGUCCUCAUUUUCUCCUGCACCAACAUCGUGGGCGUCUGCACCCACUACCCGGCUGAGGUCUCCCAGAGACAGGCCUUCCAGGAGACCCGGGAGUGCAUCCAGGCUCGGCUGCACUCGCAGCGGGAGAACCAGCAGCAGGAGCGGCUCCUGCUGUCUGUCCUUCCCCGUCACGUUGCCAUGGAGAUGAAAGCAGACAUCAAUGCCAAACAGGAGGAUAUGAUGUUCCAUAAAAUUUACAUCCAGAAACAUGACAACGUGAGCAUCCUGUUUGCUGACAUCGAGGGCUUCACCAGCCUGGCGUCCCAGUGCACUGCCCAGGAGCUUGUCAUGACCCUCAACGAGCUCUUCGCCCGCUUCGACAAGCUGGCUGCAGAGAAUCACUGUUUACGUAUUAAGAUCCUGGGAGAUUGUUAUUACUGCGUCUCAGGGCUGCCUGAAGCCAGGGCUGACCAUGCCCACUGCUGCGUGGAGAUGGGCAUGGACAUGAUUGAGGCCAUCUCGCUGGUCCGGGAGGUGACAGGUGUCAACGUGAACAUGCGUGUGGGAAUCCACAGCGGGCGAGUGCACUGUGGCGUCCUUGGCCUCAGGAAGUGGCAGUUCGACGUCUGGUCUAACGACGUCACGCUGGCCAACCACAUGGAGGCUGGAGGCAAGGCAGGACGCAUCCACAUCACCAAGGCCACACUCAACUACCUGAAUGGCGACUACGAAGUGGAGCCGGGCGGUGGGGGCGAGCGCAACGCCUACCUCAAAGAGCACAGUAUCGAGACCUUCCUCAUCCUGCGCUGCACCCAGAAGCGGAAAGAAGAGAAGGCCAUGAUUGCCAAGAUGAAUCGCCAGAGAACCAACUCGAUCGGGCACAACCCACCACACUGGGGGGCCGAGCGCCCCUUCUACAACCACCUGGGUGGCAACCAGGUGUCCAAGGAGAUGAAACGGAUGGGCUUUGAAGAUCCCAAGGACAAGAACGCCCAGGAAAGUGCGAACCCCGAGGAUGAAGUGGAUGAAUUUCUGGGCCGUGCCAUUGACGCCAGGAGCAUCGACAGGCUACGAUCUGAGCAUGUUCGCAAGUUCCUCUUGACCUUCAGGGAGCCUGACUUAGAGAAGAAGUACUCCAAGCAGGUGGAUGACCGAUUCGGUGCCUACGUGGCAUGUGCCUCGCUCGUCUUCCUCUUCAUCUGCUUUGUCCAGAUCACCAUUGUGCCCCACUCCGUGUUCAUGUUGAGUUUCUACCUGACCUGUUUCCUGCUGCUGACCUUGGUGGUAUUUGUGUCCGUGAUCUACUCCUGCGUGAAGGCGUUUCCAAAGGACACAUGGCAUGCUUGCAGAUCAGCCUUACCAGGAGGCAUUAAGCUCUUCCCGGCCCCGCUGCAGAGGCUCUCCAGGAAGAUCGUGCGGUCCAAGAUGAACAGCACCCUGGUGGGCGUGUUCACCAUCACCCUGGUGUUCCUGUCGGCUUUCGUCAACAUGUUCACGUGCAACUCCAAGGACCUGCUUGGCUGCCUGGCGGACGAACACAACAUCAGUGCCAGCCAGGUCAACGCGUGCCACGUGGCGGAGUCAGCCGGCAACUACAGCCUGGGUGACGAGCGGGGCUUCUGCGGCAGCCCCUGGCCCAACUGCAACUUCCCCGAGUACUUCACCUAUAGCGUGCUGCUCAGCCUGCUGGCCUGCUCCGUGUUCCUGCAGAUCAGCUGCAUCGGGAAGCUGGUGCUCAUGCUGGCCAUCGAGCUCAUCUACGUGCUUGUCGUUGAGGUGCCCAGUGUCACGCUCUUUGACAAUGCCGACCUACUGGUCACAGCCAACGCCAUAGACUUCAACAACAACGGGACCUCCCAGUGCCCUGAGCACGCGACCAAGGUGGCGCUGAAGGUGGUGACACCCAUCAUCAUCUCGGUCUUCGUGCUGGCCCUGUACCUGCACGCGCAGCAGGUGGAGUCCACCGCCCGCCUCGACUUCCUCUGGAAACUGCAGGCCACCGAGGAGAAGGAGGAGAUGGAGGAGCUGCAGGCCUACAACCGGCGGCUGCUGCACAACAUCCUGCCCAAGGAUGUAGCCGCGCACUUCCUGGCCCGCGAGCGGCGCAACGAUGAGCUCUACUAUCAGUCGUGUGAGUGCGUGGCCGUCAUGUUCGCCUCCAUCGCCAACUUCUCCGAGUUCUACGUGGAGCUGGAGGCCAACAACGAGGGCGUCGAGUGCCUGCGGCUGCUCAACGAGAUCAUCGCCGACUUUGACGAGAUCAUCAGUGAGGAUCGGUUCAGGCAGCUGGAAAAGAUCAAGACCAUCGGCAGCACCUACAUGGCCGCCUCGGGCCUCAAUGACUCCACCUAUGACAAGGUGGGCAAGACCCACAUCAAAGCUCUGGCUGACUUCGCCAUGAAGCUGAUGGACCAAAUGAAGUACAUCAACGAGCACUCCUUCAACAACUUCCAGAUGAAGAUUGGGCUCAAUAUCGGCCCCGUAGUGGCUGGGGUGAUUGGGGCCCGCAAACCUCAGUACGACAUCUGGGGCAAUACAGUGAACGUGGCCAGCCGCAUGGACAGCACCGGCGUGCCCGACCGCAUCCAGGUCACCACAGACAUGUACCAGGUGCUGGCCGCCAACACGUACCAGCUGGAGUGCCGGGGUGUGGUCAAGGUCAAGGGCAAAGGCGAGAUGAUGACAUACUUCCUCAACGGAGGGCCCCCGCCCAGUUAGCAGCCGCCGCGGACGCCAGGCAGCCUGGCCUCCAGAGAAACGGCGGAAGCCUCGCUCCAGCCCACGAGGCCGCCCUGAGAUUUUCCACUUUGACUCCAGAAGCAGCUUCUGCCUUGGCGGGCGGGCGGUCUCCGUCCCAGGCCUCGGGGUGCCAGCGUCCUGCGAGCACCAAGCUGACCAAAGAUGUCUCCCCCUGUAGUAGACGCCGCCAGACUCGAUCGGAAUCUCGUUUUCUAACGGGUGCUGUUGCGGCGCGUGCGCGGGCGGAGAGGCGCCGCUGGAGGGGCCUGGGCGCGCGGCAGCCCCGUGUGCGGGGCCGCGGGAGCACGGCCUCGGCGGGCGGGAGGCGGCGCCACCUGGCCCCGGGCCCUGGGGCUGCUUUUCUAUGUGAGCCUUUAAACUUCAGAGCGAGGCCGCGGCCCUGCUCCGUGGUGGAGGGGGCCCCGGGCGGGAGUGCUGGCUUUGGAGGGACCGAGGCCUUCCUCGCGGGCUCCUCCCACACCCACACACACAGCCGGUGCCCCCUGGAGGGGGCAGAACUGCGAGGGGGAGGCCAGAGGCCCCGGAGCAAGGAGUGGUGGUUCUGAGAAAAAGAAAAUAUUUAUUAAAUAAAACAAAACACGUUUCUGUGCCCUUCUUUAGACUAUGCUAGUUGUAUGCGUGUAAGAAACCCACAGGCAAAGCAGGAUGCCACUGGGGAGGGAGGGCGGGGACCCCAACUUGUCUUUUUGUAUUUUUUACUUUGUAUUAUUGAAAACCUUGGAGAUCUAACAAAUAUACCAAAUUCUAUAUUUUGUAAAUUCUCUAUAUUAGAAAACAGCUGUGCACAGCAGGGCAUUUGUGCUCAUUUGUACUGUACGUAUGUCAAUGUACUGGAGUGUGUGUGUGUGUGUUUAUGCUGCGGAACUGGUCUCAUUCAGGACACCUGUUUCCCUCACUUAAGAUUUCCCCAGGUCCAACCAGAACAGUGAGCAUGUCCUUUCGGGGUACCAUAGGUAGGAAGAUGCAUGCACACAGUACCCCACCUCUCUCCCACACACACACACAUACAUACACACACACACAUAUACACACACACAAACAUACACACACACACCACUUCCCCUAAGUAAAAUGCAAACAAAAUGAAAAGAAAACAAAAGCUUCUUUCCCAUCUCAGGCCAAGUUGGAAUCAAGGGAAGCAGCCUCAACCUGCGGUGGACAGUUCGGCCACCCUCCAGCCUUCCACUCCCUGAGAUGUCAGUGUUUGCUGCCUGCAGAGAGGCAGCUCCUGCAACUGUGAGAGCUCAGCUGGCGUUGGGAGCUCUGCCCGGCUCCUCUGUUGGCCGAGGUGCAGGUGGCUCUCUCAGGAGAUGAUCCCUCAGACUUGGGGAUGUAAUGUGCAGCCCUCAGGCAAGGAAAGGGCGGUGGCUUUGCUCUCCACCUGCAAACCAGAGGAAAGAGUAGAGGCCAGCUUCAGAGUCCAUGGGGCAAAGCUAGCAGAAAUCUCAUUUUGUCUGAUUUUUGUUUUGGGGGGAGGGAGCAGUCAAAUAUACCAAGAAAAAGCUCUAUUUUUUAUACCCUAUGAGGGAGGCAUUUGGGAAAUGAUAUACUAUUACAGAGACAUAUUCAAACAGAAUCCUUUGGUCCUGUGCCCAGAUCUUCUUGUUGCUUCUCAGGGCAGCAUUAUUCUCGCCUCCAACAUGGGCUUGAAGGAGGUGAGGAGGCAGCUAUAUGCCAGCUGUGAAAUGUUACUUUGAUGCCCACCUGCAGCACCUCUCACUGGACACUAGCACCACCCUCCCCUUUCCACACACUGUCUCCCACCCCAGUUUGAACACAGCUCUGAGAAGCAAAGCUUAUGGACCUAAAACUGGCAGCCUUAGUCUCUCUGUGCUUUUGCUGCUCCAGCCUCUGAAUUCUGCAUCACGCCUCUUGCAUCUGUCACGAGGGGCUGGCUAUCUCCAUGGUGUUGUAUUCAAGUCCCUGACCCCUCCAUAUGGCCCGCCAGUGGUGCUGGGUUUUCAUUUUGCUCCCAACCUGAGUAAUGUGUGUGCUGAGUUUCUCCUGUGUUUCCCCUGUUGGUCAUGGCCUCCCUGGCCUUGUGGGGACCCAUCCUCUCCAUCCCGGCAGUGACUGGUGGCAACGUGUAGUGCUAGCUCUUCAUUCCCUCCAAGGGGUGUGCACACUUUUUAUCCCUGCUCUUGCAAAAAUGAAUACAAUUAUGAUUUCCCAUGGAAAUUGAAAAGUCUAUUUAACUAAUUUAACUAUUAAACACUUUCACUGGUAA